GAAUUUGGCGCUCUUUAUAAACAAAAACAGGUCACACUGCUGAGAAAUACUAGAUUUUAGCUGGGAUUGUUGCCUUAUGAGGGUGCUUACACACUGAAUAUGAUCUCAGCAAUCAGCUGUUCGCAUAAACAAAUUUUACUUGUUACUUGCAAAUUUAAAAGUUUUAGUGAUUUUAAGUAAUUAAGCUUUGUUUAAGCUAUAAACUAAAUUUAAAAGCAGUGUUUCUUAAAAAUGAAGCAAUGAAAACAUGGAUUAAGUGUAGAAUUAAACAAAACAACAGAGCUCCGAGUGACCCGACCCGGAGGCCGGCGACGACGACUUCCUGGCUGCAGCAUCUUAUCGCCGGUCAAUAAAUGUACAUAAAUGUGCCCACGACAGGACAAACAGCCGUCGCAGUCGCAGCCACAGCGGCAGCAGAAACAAUAACAAUAGUGAAGCCGCAAACUCAACCGCAACAAGCCACAAUCGGCAAUCAUCAACACUGGCGCGCCGCAGACCAAGGAGGGGUCAUCAGAGGGCCAGGAUACCAGGACGCCUUUCGAGGGCGCCAGUUGCAUUUCGACAGCGACAGCGGAGAGCCCCCACCAACGGCAGCGAACCAAAAACACCCGCGCAUAAGCCAUGACAGCUGUAGGAGAACAACCCCCAGGCCCCGGGCAAGACCCAGAGCCGCAGCCGGAGCUGGAGUUCCAGUUCCAGCCACUGCCACAGCCGCAUCAGGCGGCCAAGAAUCUGCACGCCCUGCUGGAUCUGCCCGCGGCGAUGGAACUGCGCCAAAUUGAGUUGAUCUAUCGGGCGGAGGGUAAUGCAAAUUUGGUGCUCGCCUUGCCGCAAUUUAAAAAAGUUUUACGUUUGCCAAAAAUGAUAUCCAGCAGACUGCGGAAUGAGCGGGCAGAGGUUGCUCGGCCGGAAGGGCAAAGCGAAUCAUCCGUUGGAGCCGGGCCUGAAAAAGCUGGCGACUUGACAAUGCCGGAUUUUAUGGCUUAUAUCGGGAUAAUGCGCCGUCUAUUAGGAAAUGAGUUUGUCUGCGGAGCGGAUAUUGUUGCCAUACCAAAGGAAGACGAUAGAUUCUGGAUAAACGAGCACAUACGCGCCCACAGACCGGUUUCGCGUCUGGAUAAGGAAUUUGUGGGGCCAUUCGGCCUGCUGCUGCCAGAUGUGACCCAAUUGCCUGCCACGUUCGAUGUUUUACUUGCCAAUUUACAGGCACAGGACACAACAGGAGAUGGAACCGGAGCAGCGGCCAGAAGCAAGGAGUCGGGAGACAGGAGAGGCGGUGGUGUCCGUCGUCUGGGCGAUACAUAUGCCAUCGAAAUAAAACCCAAACAAGGCUGGCUCCAGUUGGCAAGUGAUGUCAACGAUUUAUUUGAUUUAAUGCCAACAGGAGCAGAGACAAAGCCAAACAGAGACCGUAGAGAGAAGCAACAUCCAGAGGAGAAGCCUUGGGAUCCGGACAAGUGCUGGUGUCGCUAUUGCAGCAUGCAGCUGCUAAAGUUCUUCAUUCACUACCUUCGACAGCUGCACAAUGGGAAAAUCAAACGUUUGGGCCACUACUGUCCGCUGGAGCUGUUCUCAGGUGCACCCAGUCGUAUGCUCGAUGCCUUGAAUGCACUUUUCGCCUGCCCGCAAAAUAAUUUACGUGUAUUUCAGAACGGCAAUUUAAUUUAUGGCGAUCACGCGAAUUCGAUUUCCUUCGACGAAUUGAACUCGCGUGUCUUUCCCGGUGAAAUUAUGGUGCUUAUAAAACAUUUGCUGGUGGCCUGCCUGCUAAGGGAAUAUAAGCAAGAGGAAUCCAACCAUACAGAGAGCCCCAAUCAGAUCCAGAGCCACGACCAAGAGCAGCUGCAGCUGAAUCAGAUUCGCGUUUCAAUUGCGGCGACAGAGACAAAAGUCGGAGCUGCUGAAAUUGGCGUCGCUAAUGUUGUCCUGCCGUCCGAAGCCAGGACUGUUGUCACUGCCGCUGGUCAAUCCACGACCCGUACACGACCAGCUGCCGCAAGAGCAGCAGCAGCAACGACCCAAAGGUACACAAAGCUGGCCAGAAUGGAGGCAACUACAACAACGGCCACGGUCGCUGGAGUAACAUCGAGAAGCCAACUGGCCGGCAAUGUGUUGGCAGUGGCCACUCGAACGGAAACAAAAACGGAAACGGAAACACAGCCAACUCCAAGUACGAGUCGGUAUGAGAAUGAGAAUGAGGCUGCGAAUCAAACUCGAGCACAAAUCAACAAAGCGGAAAUAUUUAGCUUACCAAAAAAUUGUGUGCUGCAAAAAAUUUUGAAUUUGCAAUUGCUGGUAAAGGACCAAUUCGCCUUCAUGUGGCAAUCCGGCUAUGCUCGCUCCACCCACUCCCUGCCCACCUACAACACGCUACGGGACCUGCUGGCCUCCGCCGAAGAGGCAAAGGAGAAGGAGCAGCUCAAACCGGAUCUGGAGCAGGCUUACAUGCUGGGAGCCACGGCCCUUGACUGCUCGAUAAUGUUGACGUUUCAGGAAAUCGAAAUCGAAAGCCAAGCCGAUUGCCCCGAUGGCCAGAGCACGGACGCUCUGCAGCCUUGGUGCAUCUCCCUGCUGGGUCAUCACUUUCUAACCAAGCUCAGUGUGCUCGAUUUGGACCCCAAGCCCGACAGUCACUUUCAUAAAUUCAUAAAGCAGACACGUGAAAUUGAAAAGUGCCGUCGAGCAUUAAAUUAAUUAAUAAACUUUACGCCCAACUAAAAGCCGCACGCAUCGACUGUCGGGCUCACAAAACUGUGCUACAGUUUUUCCCCAACAUAUUUAGUUGGAUUUUCGAGUUCUUUUCAUACCCGUUCAUCGCAGCACCCAGGGUAUGUUGUACUGGGCUGAGGGCUUCUAGCUGAGCGGACAAAGGGUUUCGGAUAUCGUCUGCUUAACAGGCAGCUUUACUAUAAUACCCAGCGAUGUUCUUGCCUAAACUUCAUCUUAAUUGGACGUAAUUUAAGGAAAUCCUGGUUUGAGCAGACAUUGUCAAAGGAUUGCUGUUGGAAAUGGAAGCAGUGCUUUAGCCAGCUGUAAAAUCUGUAUUUGUUAACGUUAUUAUUUUGGAAAUUAAUUGGACAUUGCCAAUCAAACUUAGAUGAAGAAAUGUAAUAUUUUAUAGGUGUAUACGAAGAGUACAUCAUUCUUUGAUGAAGGAUAAUAUAUAGUUUCUCAUGUUAAUUGGACGUAAUUUGAGGAAAUCCUUGUUUUUUUAGAAUUUUUCUAAGGAUUUCUCUUGUACUGAAAUGGGGGAAAUGCUUGAAAUUAAGCAAGUUUACCUGUAAAAUCUGUAUGUGAUUACGUUGUUAUUAUUUUGGAAAUUAAUUGAGCAUAAGUCUUAGCAACUUUAUAAGUAAACUAUUA